GCGCGGCGGUUCCGUACUUCAGCGGCAGUGGGCGGACGCUCCAAUCGGUGUGGAACAUCGUUGAGCACGGCUGCAUUGCUGACCUGAUUGCAGGCGCCUUCAAUCGCGGUGGGAGAGGUGCGCACAGGUGGGUGGCGAGGAAGGUUUCUUUUCCUGUUCGAAGGGCGGAAUGGAGGGCUGCGAUCACGAUGGUCGCGCUGUGCUGUCCAGUGCGGAGAAGACAGCUGUCGCGGCGGCUGCUGUCGCAGUUGUCCGUCGAUUCCAGGUUGAGAGGGCGGCUGGGCGCAUGAAAGUGACGCUUUCCAGGCGGCGGCAGAGGAUUCUGCUGCAGAGGGUGUUGGACGCCCCUGACUGCGUUACCACUUCUGAGGCAGUGCUUCAGCUAUGCUUUGCAAUAGGGUGCGGUGUGGUUCCUCGAACGACGCCACGUUGGUGGAUGAGGCGGAGAACCGGCGGGACUUGGGAGGAUUUGCGGCUCUGCGAUGACCCGACGGACGGCUACUUCCGGGAGAAGCUCCGCAUGUCGAGGAGAGUCUUCAUUGAGAUCAGCGAAGCCUGUGCACCUCUCUUGCGACGACAGGUGACGUUCUACAGGGAGCCACUUCCGUCGGAGCAGAUCGUCGCCUAUGCGCUGUACAGGUGGGCUACAGGAGAGUCAUACGACAACAGCACCUCAUCUUUCGGCAUAGGCAGGGCUUCCGGAAUUCUGGCCGUGCGCGAUGUGACAAACACUUUGUUGAGGGUGUAUGGUGACAGGAUAUCGUGGCCGACGGGGGUGCGAAAACAAGUCGUGCCGCGGGCGUUUCUGGACAAGGGCUUUCCAAACUACCAUGGCGCAGUUGACUGCACACACAUCUACGUGGACAAACCGACGAACGCGCCCGGCGAGAACUACUUCGACCGCAAGCACCGUUUCUCCGUCAUUGCGCAGGUGGUGGUGGACCUGGAUCUGCGCGUGCUAGACGUGUUCGUCGGAUAUCCGGGGAGCUGCCACGACAUCAGGGUGAUCCAACUGUCGAGUCUGUCGAGGCGCGCGGAACAGGGAGUGCUUUUUCGUGGGCCGCCUGUGACGCUGCCGGGGGGGUGAGGACGAACGGUUACAUCUUGGGAGACAACGGGUAUCCUCCCUCUGAAUGGGUAGUUGUGUCGUACGGAGGAAUCAAUCAGCACCCGACGA